UGCAUGCAAGAGUGCGUCCAUAUAAGCCCAUAUGUUGCACCGGUGGCUUCCCAUCUUCUUCCAAGCCAGCCAUGGAUUCCCUCCUCUGGUCCGUGGAGCUCCUCUCCCUCCUUUGCUUCUUCGUCUUCUACUACCGCCACCUCCAGUCCAAGAAAAUAAGCAAGGCGGAGCCGACCGAAUGGCCAAUCCUGGGCCAUCUUUUCGGCAUGGUCGCCAACCUGUCCCACUUCCAUGACUGGGCCACCGGCAUCCUGGCCGGCACGCGCUACAACUUCGAAGCUCGCGCCGGGAUCACCGGCGUCCGCUUCUUCGUCACCUGCGACCCCGCCAACGUGCGCCACAUCUUCACCUCCAACUUCGCCAACUACCCCAAGGGCGACGAGUUCGCCGAGAUCUUCGACGUCUUCGGCGACGGCAUCUUCAACGCCGACGGCGACUCCUGGCGCCGCCAGCGUGCCAAGUCACAGCUCAUCAUGGCGGGCCCUCGCUUCCGCGCCUUCUCGGCGCGCUACAGCCGCGACAAGGUGGAGAGGAGCCUCCUGCCUUUCCUCGCCCACGCCGCCGAGGCCGGGUCCACACCCUGCGACCUGCACGACGUGUUCCUGCGCCUGACGUUCGACAUGACCUGCAACCUCGUCUUCGGCGUCGACCCCGGGUGCCUGCAGAUUGACCUCCCCGUGGUGCCCUUCGCGCGCGCCAUGGACGACGUGCUCGAGACGCUCUUUCUCCGCCACAUCAUCUCGCCCGCGUGCUGGAAGCUCAUGUACCGGUAUGAGGUCGGCACCGAGAGGAAGAUGGCCGCGGCUCGUAGGACCAUCGACCGGUUCGCCGCGGACACCAUCGCGAAACGCAGGGCCGACCACAAGCUCGGCGACGAGGGCGUCACCGACUCGUCCGACAUGCUCUCGUCCUUCAUCUGCAACGGUGACGCGAGCGAGUACAGCGACGACUUCUUGCGUGACACCACGGUGAACCUCCUCCUCGCCGGCCGGGACACCACCGGCGCGGCGCUGUCCUGGUUCUUCUACCUGCUCUCCAAGAACCCACGCGUCGAGCAGAAGAUCCUGGACGAACUGGCGCCGAUCGCUUCCCGGAAGAAGCAGCUGGCGGGCGACGACGGCAUGGCGGUGUUCGACGUGAGCGAGCUGAGCGGCAUGGUGUACCUGCACGCGGCGCUGUGCGAGUGCCUGAGGCUGUACCCGUCCGUGCCCUUCGAGCACAAGGCGGCGGUGGCCGACGACGUGCUCCCCAGCGGGCACGAGAUGAAGGCCGGCGACAAGAUACUCAUCUUCUCCUACUGCAUGGCGAGGAUGGAGGGCGUGUGGGGCAAGGACUGCAUGGAGUUCAGGCCGGAGAGGUGGGUCACCGCCGACGGGAAGCUGAGGUACGAGCCGUCCUACAAGUUCAUCUCCUUCAACGCCGGACCCAGGACCUGCCUCGGCAAGGAGAUGGCGUUCGUGCAGAUGAAGACCGCCGCGGCGGCCGUGCUCUGGAACUUCGCAGUCAAGACCGUGCCUGACCACGUCGUCGAGCCGAAGCUGUCCAUCAUUCUCCACAUGAAGAACGGGCUCGCCGUCACGGUCAAGAGGAGGAACGUCGCGGGCGUGCAUGGCUAGCUAGUACGUACCUACGUGCCUACUACCUACAUGUCUCGGCCACAAAGUAUACGGGCCGUAUAUAUGUAACGUAGCUACACGUACGUACAUGUACACGUAUUAUAUGUAUGCAAAAAGAGUGGCAUGUGUGCUUACUAAUAGUGUAAUGGUGUUCCAUACUACAAGAAUAUAUAAAAAUAUAAGAAAAAUAGACGUGUGUAGGUGUGCGUUGUGACAUGUGUGUAAGCUGUAUGUGUGUGUUCCCUAAAUAGAAAAUGGAGGCAUGGGCACGAGCUUGGAUGCAUGAUCCAUACAGCUUGGAUGCUUGUCCCAGCUGCACACUAUAUUUUCGCA